CUUUUCUUUAUCUGAUAAAAUAUAAAUAAAAGCGUAAGCAUUCUGUGGCUUUGGAUUCUUCUGGCAAAUCGUGCCUGCCAGCUUUCACUUGGGUAUGGCUAAAUAAGUAGAAUAAUAUAUCGAAUAUCAACAUUUUAACGACAAAAAAGCUUGGAAUCACCAUUUCCGUUCAAAUCCCAGUCACAAUGGUGGAGAAAUGGAGAAGAGUUUUGGUGUUUGUAUGGUUGAUUCUGUGCAUUUUGGAAUGGAAACCCUCUUGCAUCAAUGCUGCUACAAAUCCCAACGAUACUUCUGCUUUAAAGACCAUGUACAGCAGUUUAAAUUCACCUGGUCAGCUCAGCCAGUGGGCUGGCGAUGAUCCAUGUGGGCAGUCUUGGAAAGGAGUUACUUGCUCAGGCCAGCGAGUCACAGAAAUCAAAAUAUCAGAUCUUGGUCUCACUGGACAAUGGGGUUGGCAGCUCUCAAGUUUGACCUCGGUAACCAACCUGUAA